AUGCCUUCAGAAAACGCCCAGAGCGUCAAGAUUCUUGACGAGCUGAUGCAAAAGCUCACCAUCUCCAAGGAUGCGGCUGCUACCAAGGAGGCCUCCGGUGCGCUGGCUUCCUUCAUCAACGGCCACAUCGAGGACCAGGAGGCACCAACCAGAACGGUCGAGGCGCUGAAGAAGCAGCUUAGCAACAAGAAGGAUGCCGCUGUUCGUGAGAAGGCUGCCAACGCCAUCCAGGCUAUUGCCCAGCACUCCGAGAUAUCUCCCAAUGUUGAGCCCUACUUGGUUGUCAUGCUGCCUCUGGUAUUGUCCGCUAUCGGUGACAAGAUCACUGGUGUCAAGAACGCCGCCAUCGCUGCUUCCCUCGCCAUCGUCGAGGCCAUCAACCCAAACGCUGUCAAGGCUGUCCUGCCACCCAUCGUCAACUCUAUCCUGACUGCUCAGAAGUGGCCCGAGAAGAUGGCCGCUCUCGACUGCAUAGAGACCCUUGUUCGCAUCGCCCCUGCCCAGCUGGCCUACCGUGUUCCCGAGCUCAUCCCUGUCAUCUCCGAGUCCAUGUGGGACACCAAGAAGGAGGUCAAGGAUCGUGCCUACAAGGUUAUGGAGAAGAUCUGCGAAUUGAUCGUCAACCGCGAUAUCGAGCGCUUCAUUCCCGAGCUCAUCAAGUGUAUCGCCAAGCCCGAGAACGUCCCCGAGACUGUCCACUUGCUGGGUGCCACCACCUUCGUCACCGAGGUCCAGGAGCCUACCCUCGCCCUGAUGGUUCCUUUGCUCGAUCGUGGCCUCGGCGAGCGCGAGACCGCCAUCAAGCGAAAGGCUGCCGUCAUUGUUGACAACAUGUGCAAGCUUGUCGACGACCCCACCAUCGUUGCGCCUUUCCUGCCCAAGAUGAUGCCAGCUCUCAAGAAGAACUACGAAAACCUGGCUGAUCCCGAGGCUCGUGAGAAGACCAAGCAGGCAAUCGACACUCUCACCCGCGUUGGUGAUGUCAAGGACGGCAAGAUUCCCGAGGUUCGCCACGACGGUGACAUUGCUACCGUCCUUGCCCACCUCAAGGCAAGCAUACCCAGCAAGCACUCCAAGACCGCUGAGAAGCUUGGCCCCGUUCUUGAGUACGUCUCUGCCCUUGGAGGUCAGCUUGUCGAUGAGAAGGAAAUCGAGGCCAUCUCUUGGGCCACCACCGUCAAGCCCUUCAUUACCGUCCUUGUUGGUGAGACUGACGCCGAGAGCGUCGUCGACGACCUUCGAAAGCGCGCUUCGCCUGGUAUUGAGGAAGGCGCCGCCGAAGAGGUCGAUGAUGACGAGGGCGAGGACCUAUGCAACUGCACCUUCUCGCUUGCCUACGGUGCCAAGAUUCUGCUCAACCAGACAUCGCUGCGCCUCAAGCGCGGUCGACGUUACGGUCUCUGCGGUCCCAACGGAUCUGGCAAGUCCACUCUCAUGCGCGCUAUCAACAACGAGCAGGUCGAGGGUUUCCCCAAGCAAAGCGAGGUCAAGACCGUCUUCGUUGAGCACGAUCUGGACUCUGCCGAUACCGAAAUGACCACCAUUGAUUGGACCAUGAAGAAGCUGGAGGAGGCUGGUGUUGACACCAGCAAAGAGGAGGUCGAGAGACGCCUCGGCGAGUUCGGCUUUAGCGAGAUUAUGACCCAGGGCGACAUCACUGCUCUGUCUGGUGGUUGGAAGAUGAAGCUGGCUCUGUGCCGUGCCGUCUUCGAGGCCCCGGAUAUCCUGCUUCUCGACGAGCCUACCAACCAUAUGGAUGUGAAGAACGUCAAGUGGCUCGAAGACUACCUGAUCAACUCUCCUUGCACUUCCAUCAUCGUCUCCCACGACAGCGGCUUCCUUGACAACGUCACUCAGUACAUCAUUCACUACGAGCGAUUCAAGCUCAAGCGUUACAAGGGUAACCUCAAGGAGUUCGUCCGCAAGAACCCCCACGCCAAGUCGUACUACGAGCUCGGAGACUCCGAGAUUGAAUUCUCCUUCCCCGAGCCCGGUUUCCUUGAGGGUGUCAAGACCAAGGCCAAGGCCAUCCUGCGUGCCACCAGGAUGACCUUCCAGUACCCUGGUACUCCCAAGCCCCAGAUCCAAGAUAUUACCUUCCAGUGUUCCCUGUCUUCUCGUAUUGCCGUCAUCGGUCCCAACGGUGCUGGCAAGUCCACCUUAAUCAACGUGCUGACUGGUGAACUCAUCCCCACGUCUGGUGACACUUACCAGCACGAGAACAUCCGUAUCGCCUACAUCAAGCAGCACGCUUUCGCGCACAUUGAUAACCACCUCGACAAGACUCCUUCCGAAUACAUCCAGUGGCGAUUCCAGACCGGCGAGGAUCGUGAGACCAUGGACCGUGCCAACAAGAUCAUCACCGACGAGGACGAGAAGGCCAUGGACAAGAUCUUCAAGGUUGAAGGUACCCAGAGACGUGUCAUCGGUAUCAACAGCCGAAGAAAGUUCAAGAACAGCUACGAGUACGAGUGUUCAUUCGCGCUUGGCGAGAACGUCGGCAUGAAGAACGAGCGAUGGGUACCCAUGAUGACGGCCGACAACGCCUGGCUCCCGCGAAGCGAGUUGCUCGCUUCUCACCAGAAGAUGGUUGCUGACGUCGACAUGAAGGAGGCCCUUGCCUCUGGUCAGUUCCGUCCCCUAGUCCGAAAGGAGAUCGAGUCGCACUGCGCCAACUUUGGUCUGGAUGCCGAGCUGGUUUCCCACUCUCGCAUGAAGGGUCUCUCCGGUGGUCAGCGUGUCAAGGUCGUCUUGGCCGCCUGCUCGUGGCAACGACCUCACUUGAUCGUUCUUGACGAGCCUACCAACUAUCUCGACCGUGACUCCCUAGGAGCCCUUUCCAAGGCGCUCAAGAAGUUCGAAGGUGGUGUCAUCAUCAUCACGCACAGUGCCGAGUUCACCAAGGACUUGACUGAGGAGGUUUGGGCCGUCAUGGACGGUAAGAUGACUCCUUCGGGCCACAACUGGGUCCAAGGUCAAGGUGCCGGCCCCAGGUUAAAGGCCGGUGAGGAUGAGGAGGAGGAGAAGUUCGACGCGAUGGGCAACAAGAUUGUGUCGACCAAGAAGAAGGCCAAGUUGACCAGUUCUGAGGCGAGAAAGAAGAAGAAGGACCGUAUGGCCCGCCGUAAGCGUGGUGAGGAAGUCUUCUCGGAUGAGGACGACAUCUAA